UCCAGACGAUCAUCAAAAAGCAGUGUACAAGCUCAGAAUCUUCAGGGAAGUGCCAGAGUGAUACGUGACCACUGUGCUGACUGGCAUAACUACUUGCUUAAGUGGGAAGAGUUGAAUGAUGCGGGAGUGACAGUUGCUAAAAAGAUAGUCAAUCGUAAACUACAAGCUGACUACCAGUCUGAAGCAAGUGAACCAGUUGCUGUUCAUUUACCAGGAGGAGCAAAUAAUUCAACAGCAUUUACUAGGCAACAUGAUGGUAUGCCAGAUGGAUUGCAAGAACUCUGCUAUGAUCUACAGAUGGCUUUUGAUGGCCAGGAAAAGCUUGUCCAGAAAAUGGUAAAAGUGACUAAACAUUUGAAAGCCACCAUUGGACUGCAAGACUCGCUUGACAAAAGCUCAACGCAAAUCCUUUUCCAAACAUGGCCAACUAAGUAUUUCUAUGAGACAUCUCAAGAACUGCUGUCUAUGUAUUCCAAGGAAUUAUCAGUUAAAAAAGCUGUGUUAGAAAACAUUGCACAUUCAAAGAGUAGGGAUGUGUUGAUGAUGUACGUAAGCACAUGGCAGAUUCAACCGUACAUUGGAGACAGAGCCAAACUGUUAUUGGAG